ACUCAACGACGUAUUAACUUUUGAAAAACGUGAACUGUGCAACCUCGUUGCAUCUCCCGAUUGACGGAGAAAUCAGUGUAAGACGAGUUCGGUAUGCUCCAGAGAUCAGACGAACGGACCAGCUGAUCGCGAAACCGUUUUACCGGUCUGAUGUACUUUUGCGGAGUUUCGCUUUGUGCGCGUCCGUCGUGACGUGAAUACGAAAGAGGAAGAGAGACAGCGAUAGUAGAGACAGCUGAGAAGAGACGCACGUGAGGAAGCGUAAAAGAAAAAAAAGAGGGAGAAAAAACACGGGAUAAUUUAAAGAGAAAGAAUAACUUUUUUUUCGCGCUUUGAGACACACGAGGGUCAUACUCUCUCGGUCAUUUCGGUUGUGUGCGCGGCGCCCGUUUUAAUCUCGCGCGGCGCCGACACCUGCUACUGCAACAACCAACUGCGCGGGCGGUUUUGUCGCGGAACUUUCGUGGCGCCGCUGUGUACCGUGCGGUGUGCGCGGGGUGACAGCUUAAAGUUCACGAGCGCAAGGUGGGACGCGGAGUGCGCGGGCGCGCGCGCGUGCGAACAUAAAGGAAGACAGAGAGAGGGACAGAAAACGAAACACGAAACUCACUCUCCGAGAAAGUUUACUCGCGACGUGCCGGUCGCUCCGGAAAGAACACCUCAUUCCCUACGCGCCCGCUCCGCGUGCCGGAGGAAACCGUCAAGCGGAAGCGAAGAAAGAAGACAGAAGAGGAAAUAAAGAGGGGAACGAGAGAGAGAGAGAGAGAGAGAGAGAGAGAGAGAGAGAGAGCACUCGUCACCGUGUGCGCUCGUUUAUCGUCGUUGUCAACCCCCGCGCCUCUUUACCGCCUUUGUAUUCCCUCGUGAUCGUCGCUGUGCCUUCGGGUGGACGCUUAUGGCUCACCAGUAGGAGGGAAAAACAGACGGAAGAGCGAAGGACAGAGAGACAGGAGGAGAGGCGACAGGAGGACAGAGGCGGACAGUCGGAUAGAGACCGGCGAGGCAGAUAUUUCCCGCUUCGCGAAGGGGGGGCAGAGAGGGCACCCCGGAGAACUGAAUAUGUCCGCCAAGCGAAAGGCCACUGCCAUCAUGCAGCACCACAAGGAGAACAUCUCGACCCCGGAGCCCACCGACAUAUCCGAGGACGAUCACUACCCAAGCACGCUCAUGAAAGAUCCGGAUAAGCUGAAGUUGAUGCUGCUCGCGUGGAAUUAUAAUCUCCAGGCACAGGCGCAGGCACAGGUCCAAGCUGCCAACGCGGCUCUCUCGCCGAAUAACUCGUCGACUACCACGGCUACCACUGUUGGUACACCAAUCACCAGCCAAUCAGCCAUUUCCACGGCAAACAACACCAUUAACAACUCUACACUCACAGAUUCCCGAAACGGCUCAUCAGAAUUGGUGGAUAUGCCCACGGGAACUGUUCCGAAUCUAAGCGCCGUGGCGGGUGUCGGUGGCGAAGACAUGGCUUCCUUGUGGGCAUCUUAUGCUAUGGGUUUCAAGAAAACACCGCCACCAACAUCGGCGACAACGCCCUUGCGGUCGGAUCGCGAUCGAGAGUCCAGUCCGCCCGGUGGCGAGGGGACGGGAAGCGCCCACGAUGAAACUAGCAGUAGUGGCAAUAAGGAAGACGAGGACGACGAUGAUAUAGACGCGGACGAGGGACUGGACCCAAGACACCACGAUCCGGAACGUCUCAAGGCAUUCAAUAUGUUCGUGAGACUCUUCGUCGACGAGAACCUAGAUCGCAUCGUGCCGAUCUCGAAGCAGCCAAAGGAGAAGAUACAAGCGAUCAUCGAUAGCUGCACGAGACAGUUUCCCGAGUUUGCUGAAAGGGCCAGGAAGAGGAUCCGUACGUACCUGAAGAGCUGUCGGAGAAACAAACGUGGCAGGGAGGGCCCUUGGGAGACCGCCAGACCCACGCCGGCACACUUGACCUCCGUGCAGGCCGAGCAGAUUCUGGCAACGGCCUGCGAGAACGAGAGCGACAACGCGAAACGCAUGAGACUCGGGAUGGAGCCGGUGUCGCAGCCCAUGCCAACUCUUCCGGCCGCAACGCAAACGGACGUUCGAUCAAGUUUGGAGCACUUCUCGAGCACACCGGUUAAAUCACUUCCGUGUAAGAGGGAGGAUACCCCUCCGGCAUCAUUAACGUCUCUGGCACCAUUGACCAGUUUGGCGAACUUACCGAACAACACCAUUGCCUCUACGCCGCUGUCGAUCGCAUCCGCGUCAAAGCUGCUCACAACAGACAACAAGAGUCUCAUGAGCCAAUCGACGAUAGUCAGUUCGACGGUAAAUGGUGUCGCCAGCGGCGGUGCACCGACGAUGUACAGACCCAACUUUAGCCAAGCGUUCCAGCGUUCCGUGCCCACAACGGUACCGCCGACCCUCUCGGCCGGGCUGUAUCCGACUCAAAGUUUUACGUCAAGUCUGCUAAGCAACGGUAUACAAAGACCGACGGAUCUUAGCAUGAAGAACCCACCAAAGCCUGCUCUGCUGAGUCACAAACUGAAUUCGAUGGAACUGACCGCGGUGAAGCAAUUAAUAGGUGGAUAUCGAGAAUCAGCUGCCUUUCUGCUCAGAUCUGCCGACGAGCUGGAACAACUGUUGCUCCAUCAACCAUAGAGCUACGUUUAUUUGGCCAGCGUUCGGCAGCUUGGCUCGUAGUUACAACGACCGACGGAAAAGCGAUGCGAAUAUUGAUGUACACACAGCGUCUGUGUGAGCACCGAGAGUAACGCAGUCAGCGUAAAUUUUGUUUCUUCAAGACCGUUUAUACCACUACUAGGUCGACAAUUUUGACUCUACACACGAAUUUAUCUUUUGCCACAAAAUAGUUCACUUGGGCGAACUAAACGCAUUCGAUCCAAUAAGACUAGGGUGCAAGAUUACAAUUUAAAUAUUAAAAUUUUUAAUUGUCAAGAGUAUAAUAAUUUGAAAAUUAUAUGAAAAAUUAAUCGAAGUUACUUUUAUGAUUGUACGUAAGGAAAUUGUUUUCGUCGGAAGU